AUGUUUUUCACGCUUUUUUCAACUUCUUAUUCAUGGACUGAAGAAGCUUUGAUGCUUGGAACAGAGUUCAUGUUCAGACAGUUCGAUCCUGCCAAGCAGGCUUUCCUCCGCGCUUUUAAUCAAAUUAACGAAAAAUACGACCCUCCUUGCGUUGCCGGCGGAUGGCUUGCACGUGUUGAAUAUGCUCCAACAAACACUAAAUGCUUCAAUCAUUGGAGAUUCGUACAAACUCCAAUCAAUGGUUCAGAUAAUUACCACAGAAACAAAGACGAUUUAACAGUUCAACUCAAUGGCCUUCUCGGCGGCCUUAUAAAUAACACAAUCACAGAUAAAUGGGCUUACAAUUUUGCUUUCAAAGUUGCAUCAGCUUUAUUUUUCGAAGCUUUCUCCCCAUUACACACAUCAGAGCUCUUCGACAACGACAGAUUCAAGGAUGGUGACGAUAGCGGCAAGAAAUACAUGAUCAAAUACCAAGGAAACGAGAUGUCUUUAUUAGAUUUCUGGGAUUCAGGCUGCGGACGCUAUACACGCCAGACACCAUAUACAGAAACACAAUGGACCGAUUUCUACAAGAAUGUUGACUACAUGCUCCUCAAAUUCCCAAGACCUUCUUGUAAUGUCAACAUUACAUGGCAAAUGGCAGUUAACGAUACAUUAAAUGUAACAAACACCGUUGUUUACCAAGGAAUAAAGUACAGCCAAGAGCUCAGCAAGGAAUAUAUUGACAAAUGCAUUGAAAUUACAGAUGAAAGACUUGCAUGUGCUGCUUACAACUACGGAACCCUCGCAAAGACAUUUAUUUUACCAUCUGCUGUUACAUAUCCAUCAAAACACCCCGUUUCUACCUCAGAAAUGGCUGCAUGGGCAACAUUACUCCUUUUGUCCGCUACUUUCGGAUAUCUCGCAUGGUAUCAUAGAUCUCUCAAGCGCUAA